AUGUCACGAAACUCAAAGUCCGACGAUGAACCCUCUCAACAACAAACCGAAGACAUCGAAUCCAAUAUCGCGAAGCCCGUCCCCGUAUCCGACCAUGCGGACCGUGCAGCUGAGAUGAUUGGUACUCAGCACAUUGAAGUCACAGAAGAAGAUAACAAACGCCUCCGUCGCAAGACCGACAAACACGUCCUCUCCAUCCUAGUAUGGGUCUACUUUCUUCAAAUCCUCGACAAGUCCGUCCUCGGAUACGGUGCCGUCUGGGGCAUGCGCGAGGACACAAACCUCACGGGAAAUGAGUACUCCAUGGUCGGAUCCAUGGCCCCCAUCGCCCAACUCGUCUGGCUACCUUUUUCGUCCUGGCUCAUGGUCAAAGUCCCGCACCGCAUUUUUAUGAGCACCCUUGUGUUAGGUUGGGGAACUGCACAAGCCUGUAUGGCUGCUUGCACAACCUAUGAAGGCUUAUUGGCUACACGUUUCUUGUUGGGUUUGUUCGAAGCAGCCUGCCUUCCUCUGUUUUCCGUCAUCACUUCCCAAUGGUACCGCCGCGCUGAACAGCCAAUGCGUGUGGCGUGUUGGUAUGGUACCAAUGGUGCAGCCAACAUGUUUGCCGCUGCAUUGUCAUUCGGACUCGGCCAGAUCAAUGGAUCUCUUGCGUCGUGGCGUAUCCUAUUUCUCUUCGCUGGUCUCAUCACCGUCCUGACAGCACCCGUGGUGUAUUGGGCUCUCGAUAACGAUAUUCCCUCUGCACGUUUCUUAACCGAACACGAGAAGCUACAGACCAUCGAGCGUCUGCGCGCCAACCAGACAGGUACUGGUAGCCGCAACUUUACAUGGUCACAGGCCUUUGAGGCUCUUGUUGAGCCCAAGACGUGGCUAUUCAUCGGUAUGGCAUUGUGCCUCAAUGUCACUGCUGCUGUGACAAAUACCUUUGGACCCAUCAUUGUUGGUGGCUUCGGUUUUGACAAGGGUGUCACAUCGCUUCUCAACAUUCCCUUUGGCGCAGUCCAACUUCUAGUCAUUUUCCCUGCGUCGUACCUUGCUCAUCGCUUCCGUGUCAAGUCGGCCUUCCUGGUCGCAGUCAUGCUACCUGUCCUCGCAGGCGCCGUUAUGUUGCACCAGCUCAGCCGCGACAAGACAGCUCCCCUUCUGGCAGCAUACUACAUGUUAGCCUUCCUUUUCGGUGGAAACCCACUUAUCGUUUCGUGGAUGAUCUCCAACAUUGCCGGUACCACAAAGAAGUCUGUCAUCAUGUCCCUGUACAACAUUGGCGUCUCAGCCGGUAACAUCAUUGGUCCGCUACUCUUCAGCUCUAAGGACGCACCUUACUACAAGCCCGGUCUUACCAAGACCAUGGGCAUCACUGGUGCUAUGAUCGGAGUCAUCAUCCUUCAACUGGUCAACUUGAUGUUCUUGAACAAGUUGCAGGAGCGCAAGCGAGUCAACAAUGGAAAGCCUGCCAAGAUUCGGGAUCUUAGUAUGGAGCAUCGAUAUGUGGCUAAUGCGGCGGAGGGCGAGGAUGAUCAGUUGGGACAGAAUGCGUUUAUGGAUAUCACUGAUUCCAAGAACGAUGAGUUUGUGUAUGUUUAUUAG